AUGAAGAGCCGGCGUUAUUCCUUGUUUUUGCCGCGGGAUCUUGCCAACGGCCUGAUGCGAGCCUACUGGGAUAAAAGCCACUUCCUAUACUCCGUUAUCGAUCGGGGUAACAUUACGGUGAUGUACCUGAAAUGUCCCUCUGACCGUUCAUAUCGAAGAUAUUGA